AUGGGUAAAAUUAAAGAAAUUAAUGAUGAUGAAGAUAAAUAUAAUAUAGCAAUCCUUCAUCCAGAUUUAGGUAUUGGUGGUGCAGAAAGAUUAAUAGUCGAUGUUGCUUUAGGUUUAAAGAGUUGUGGACAUAAAAUUGAUGUAUAUACCAGCAGACAUGACCCAACUAGAUGCUUCAGAGAGACUGCUAAUGGUGAUUUAAAUGUUAAAGUAUGUGGUGACUAUUUCCCACGUCAUUUUUUAAAUAGAUUUAUGGUAAUUUGCGCUAUCAUCAGAAACCUUUUAGCUGCAAUUCAUAUCAUUUUCUUUUCAAAAAAACAUCUAUCCCCAUUAUUCAAGUGGUUCACUAAAUCUAAAGUAUUAUUCUAUUGCCAUUUCCCAGAUAAAUUAUUAACCUCAAGAAACUCAACCAUCAAAAGACUUUAUAGAGUACCAAUCGAUUUGUUUGAAGAGUGGACAACUAGCUGUGCCGAUGAAAUUUUAGUAAACAGUAAUUUCACCUCAUCAAUUUUUAAAAAAUCAUUUACUCAUAUUAAAAAAUCACCAAAUGUACUUUAUCCAUGUUUGAAUACUGUAGAAUUUGACAAAACUAAACAAUCAUCUGAUUUUUCAAAUCAAACUAAAUAUAAUAAUAAACCAAUUUCAUUAGAAAAUAAAGAAUUCUUUUUAUCAAUUAAUAGAUAUGAAAGAAAGAAAGAUUUAAAAUUAGCAUUGGAUUCAUUUAGUGUAGUUUAUUCAAAUAACCCAAAUAAAGAUAUUUAUUUAGUAUUUGCAGGUGGAUACGAUACAGGUUUAAAGGAGAAUGUAGAGCAUUUGGAAGAACUCAAAGAAAAAACCAAAGAGUAUGGUUUGGAAGAUCGUGUUUUCUUCUUAUGUUCAAUUAACGAAGGUCAAAAACAAUGGUUACUUUUAAAUUGUUGUUGUUUAGUUUACACCCCAUCAUUCGAGCAUUUUGGUAUCACUCCAUUGGAAGGAAUGUAUGCAUCCAAGCCUGUUAUUGCUGUUAAUAAUGGUGGUCCAUUAGAAACUGUUGUAGAUUCCAAAACCGGUUUUCUCUGCCCACCAGAUCAAAAAGAUUUCUCUGAAGCUUUUCAAAAAAUUAUUAGCGAUCCUUUACACUCUAAAAAAAUGGGUUUUGCAGGUAAACAACGUGUCAAUGAAAAAUUCUCAUUUAAACCAUUUGCAAAUAAUUUAAAUACCAUUUCAAAUAAUUUAAUGAUAAACUAA